UGAGGCGGGUCGGGGGAUGCGGCCGGUCCUCACUGCACCCCGGGGAGAGCAGCCGGGGGAGCGGGGCACGCCCGUGGCUGUGGGACUUGCGCGGCGGCUCCUCGGUGCUCCAGAGAAGCUCCAUCACUCGGGAGAUGCUCCAUCGCUCUUGGGAUGCUUCAUCACUCACAAGUGACUCCAUCCCUCGUGAGAUGCUUCGUGACGUGCGAGGCAGCGCUCCGUUAAUCGCGGGGUGUUCCAUCUCUGGUGAAACAAAGUUCCUCCACCCAUGAGAUGCUCCGUCACUCACAAGGGACUCGCAUCUCUCAUCAGCUGCUUCAUCCCUGACGAGACACCCCAGCAGCUGACACUCCUCCACUCCUGGCAGACAUUCCCGCGAUCACCGUGGGGAAGGGAAGAGGGGCUACGUGUCCCUGCCGAGGCACAAAGUGCUCGAGGUGGAGGCCUGGGCACCUCCUGGGAUGCUGCAGUUUGCGGAGCAGCUGGUGCCGACAGCUGGUGCUUCCCGGCCGCCCGCCGCGCUGGGGGCUGGCAGGGCCGGCUCAGCCACUGACGUAUGUUCAGGACAAUCUGAGCGAUGACAAAGUUUUUCAUCCGGCUGCCUGCAGUUCCCUCUGCACCGCCCCUGCGGCUGCGGGGAGGGGUAUGGGCCUGGUGGGUCCCCUGGGUGCCGUGGGAAGCGCUGGGCUGCCGGCCGUGCCGAGCGGAGUUGUACGCGCGGCUGGCACUGCCGGAGCCCGGCCACGCUCGGCAUGGGGCUCCGGCUCCCACUGCGCCGCAGCACCAGCUUCACCCCCGACCACCCUGCCCUCAUGGAGGUGCCCGGCCCCACUGCCCUGAAGAUGGAAGCAAACGUCCUUGUCAUGGGAGCAGACAACGUAGGGAAAUCAGCUCUAACCGUGCGUUUCCUGACCCGGCGCUUUAUUGGAGAGUAUGGAGACAUGGAAUUCAUCUACAGCCACAACCUGACUGUGGAUGGCCGAGAGAUUCUCUUACACAUCUGGGACGUCCCCAAUUCCCAGGAGCAGGCAGAGGAUGGCUCCUCAGAGGAGAAGCGAAUCCAGUGGGCAGACAGCUUUGUUCUGGUCUACAGUAUCUGUGACCGUGCCAGCUUUAACAUCCUGCCCCUCAAAAUCCAGUUCAUCAAGGCAGCCAAGGAGGGGCAGAGCCAGGAGAAGGUUCCCAUUGUCAUUGUGGGCAACAAACGGGACCUGCACCACCAACGGGUGGUGUCCAGCGAGGAGGGGCGGCUCCUGGCCCUCUCUUUAGACUGCGGUUUCUAUGAGGUCUCUGCAGCUGAGGCUUAUCACGGCGCCCUCAUGGUCUUCCAUGGACUGGCCAAGCUCAUCCCAGACACCAAGCUGGCCCUGAAGAAGGGUACAGGGAUCCGUGGCAUCGUCAAAACCAUGUCGGCUGUGUUUGCCCGUAAGCGAACAGACUCCCUCUGAGCCACUGCACGGAUGCUGCUGCUCUCUGUGCUGCCCAGCUGGGCCAAGCCUCCUCGCUGGGUGCCCGUGGAGAUGGUGCGUGUCUUUCCAGAAGUAUGAUGGGUUCCUCGCUGUCCUCCCAGUGUCAGGUUCUGGGUGUCCUGCCAUGCACAGCCAGGGCAGCCAAGGACUGUAGUGUGUUACUCUUGGCUCUGCCGUGGGACGGUCUCAUCUCUUUGCUGUGCCAGCUCUUUAGGUGCCUCCUGCUUUCUCCUUCUGUCCUCCAACACUGGAAACCACGGGGGGAUUUUGCCAAAGCCCCAGGCAGCAGCAUCUCUAGCUCCUGCAGCAGGAGCUGCCCAGGCUGUCAGCCAUUGGGAAGGAUAUCCUGCUCUUGUACAGCACAUGACUCCCUGCCUCUCCAUUCCUUCUCUGGGAUCCCUAUUCCUGUUUAACCCUCAUCAGGAUCCUCUUCAGUAACCCUGGAGCACCCAUGAGCUGGGCAGAUGAGGUUUUCUCCACUGGGGAGGCGCUGGCAGUUCCCGCGUGUGUAUCACCGUGUGAGAGUGUCCCAGAGCCUGGGGCCAUCCUACAGGACUUUGGUGAGGGCCGGUGCCUCCCAUCCCCCCUGCUUGUGAGCAGUCCUGCUCACAGCCCUCUCCCCCACAGCCUUUCAGCGAUCACAGCCCUUUCCCUUGUGCGGGUGAGCGCUGUACAGGCUGUGCCUGGGAAAAGCCAGGCGCAGGGCUCGUUCCCAGGAUGGGAAUUGCACCCCCAACCUUCCCAAGCCACUCCUUCUGUAAGGCUGCCUGUCCCCGGGGAGGAGGGGGGCUGGGGAAAGGGGUCGCUGGGCUCGUCGCUGAACCCUUCUGCUGCUGGGAGGCUUUUCCCUGCCUCUCCCAAACCCUUCUCUUUGUGCCCUGGGAAAGCAGUGUAUUGGAAGAGACUUUGUGCGUGCUGUAGGGACACUGAUUUCUCUGCUGUGUUCUUCUGGAAAUGCAAUAAAUUGUCUUUGG